AUGGUUCAAAUUCUUGUGCACUAUUCUCAUCUCCCCAUAGUGUCCUUAAUUGCCGGUGCACUUGGCGAGCGGACUGAUUUAACCAAUACUUUUAAAAGUAUUGGAUUGCUUAUCGCCACCGUUUUAUCGGGUCAUUUGCUCCAUUUUCUUAUAGUCUUACCGACUCUCUACUUUCUCAUAGUCCAUAAAAAUCCUUUUAGUUUUAUGAAACAAUUACUCCCCUCACAACUUCUCGCCUUUGCGAGCUCAUCUUCGGCGGCUGCAUUACCAGUCACUAUCGAUUGUGUAAUGCAAAGUGGCCUUGUCCCUAAAAAUAUAGCAAACUUUGUACUUUCUUUCGGAGCCACGAUUAACAUGGACGGCGUCGCCAUCUAUUUCCCAGCUGCUUUAAUCUUUUUAGCCACCAGUGAAGGUCUUGAAAUUAAGGCUGUUCACUACGCGUUAAUUGUGCUUCUUUCAAGCUUUGCAUCAGCCGGUGCAGCGCCUAUACCCAACGCUGGCGUUGUGCUUAUACUCACCUUUUUCACCACCAUCUUUAACGGUGUAAAGCCCACAAAUCAUGCCUUGCUGCUAGCUAUUGACUGGCUUUUGGACAGAUCGAGUACCGUGGUGAAUGUUACCUGCAACGGUUUUAUAGCAGUGAUGGUGUCCCAAUUGGAGGGCGGAGAUUCCGUAGAUCAAGAAGAUAUCGGUUUAGAUUUAGACCAUCCAGAGAAUGGCAUUUCGAAGGAUGAACCGAAAGCUGAAGUGAAAUUUGAGGUUAAGUCGCUUCAGCAGGGUUUAUAG